AUGAUUUAGUGGUGGACUUGGCAGUGCUGCAUUAAUGGUUGGAGUCAAAGGUCUUUUCCAACCUCAACAAGUCUGUGGUUCUAUAAAGAUCCACUUAGAUAAUUUGGACUUUUUAGACAUAAAGCUGUGCUGAUGCUCAGUGCUUUGCAGAUGGACUUUGUCAUAGAACACUUGGUUUAUAGCUUUCAAAAAGUCAUUUAAGUGCUUUGUUCUUAAUUUGCCUAUCUGUAUGACAGGUGUCUUGCUCACCUACCCAGCAUAAUAAAGGUUUCCUUGGUAUGGUUAAAGCUUUACAAUAUUAACUGAGAAAGUUCCUUCUUAAACUUAUGAUGUGUUUACAUACUCUUACCAUGAGAAGCUUAUUGAUUUUAGAUAUCUGUUUGACUGAGGUUCUGUUAAUGUUUUCAUUUGCUGACAAAUACACUGUAGGAAAUUGCAAGGUUGUUUUUGACAAUAUUUUCUCCCUAUCGCAACAACAUUUUUCCUACUCAGAGAGAAGGACAUAAGUAAGCCACUGAGGACUAAUAAUGCCUUGACAACUGGAGAGGUUUCUCAAGCUGGUCUCAGUACAAGCUCGCAAGAGAUGGUGCAGAAACCACAAAAGAUGGCGGAAAGCUGGUCAUUCUUGGAUACUGUUGAGUCUAACUUCAGGCCUCUGGUAGUGAUUGAACUUGCAAAAGGCACCAAAGAAGAAACCAUAGAAUGGUUCACUAAACGAAUUGUAGACAAAAAAGCAGAUGGAGGUGCACAACUGCUGAUUAAACCAUUGGUCACAGCAAAUGGACAUGAAAAUAUUUAUUUAGUUGGAGCGUCCCACUUAAGGCUGUUGCUGGGAGCUGAAGCUGUGGGUUUGGUGAAGGAAUGUAAUGAUAACUCAAUGAGAACUUUUACGUACAGCAGUAGAAAAACUUUCAAAGAUUUUGCAGAUGACAAUCACAACUUCCUUACAAUGGCAGAAUGUCAGUAUAUCAUCAAACACGAACUUGAGAAUUUGAGAGCUAAAAAUGAAAAAAUGAUCCCUGGAUAUCCUCAGGCCAAGCUGUACCCAGGAAAAUCAAUUGUGAGAAGGUUAUUGACCAGUGGUAUCCUAGUUCAGAUUUUCCCACUGCAUGAUAGAGAAGAGUUGAAAAAGCUCCGUCACAGCUGGUAUGGCCGAGUGAGGGUUGGCUAUCAACCUUUAGAUGACAUACGCUGCUACUUUGGCGAGACCAUUGCUCUCUACUUCGGCUUCUUGGAAUACUUCACGUUUGCUUUGAUUCCAAUGGCUGUCAUUGGGAUUCCUUAUUAUGUGUUUGCAUGGGAAGACUAUGACAAAUAUGUGAUGUUUGCCACAUUCAAUCUGCUCUGGUCCACUGUGAUACUGGAAGUUUGGAAGCGGAUUUGCGCCAUCCUGACAUACCGUUGGGGGACGCUGUUGAUGAAGCGGCAGUUUGAAGAACCAAGGCCAGGCUUCCAUGGUGUCCUGGGUAUCAAUCCUGUCACCGGGAGGGAGGAACCAGUGUACUCAAGUAUUAAGAGACAGCUACGGAUUUAUCUGGUGUCCUUACCAUUUGUGUGCCUUUGCCUCUACUUCUCGCUGUACGUGAUGAUGAUUUACUUUGACUUGGAACAGUGGGCUCUGGAUUAUCACAAUGAGAACGAGUCUAACUUCAGCAGCUUGAUGCUGUAUGUGCCCAGUAUCAUAUAUGCUGUUGUGAUUGAAAUUAUGAACCGUAUCUAUCGGUAUGCUGCUGAAUUCUUAACAUCAUGGGAAAAUCACAGGCUGGAAUCUUCGUAUCAGAAUCAUUUAAUUCUGAAGGUUUUAGUGUUCAACUUCUUAAAUUGUUUUGCAUCUCUCUUCUACAUUGCCUUUGUGCUGUUUGAUAUGAAGCUUUUGAGGCAGAGCUUGGCCACUUUGCUGAUAACUUCGCAGAUCCUCAAUCAGUUUGCAGAAUCCUUGCUUCCUUACUGGCUCCAAAAGAGGCAUAACAAGAGGAUGAAGAAACUCACUUGUUCUCAGAAAACUGAUACAGACCUGUCAUUAGCUGAACAAGUCAAUAUGGAGAAAGAAAUGGGAACCUAUUUGGGUACUUUUGAUGAUUACCUGGAGUUGUUCUUACAGUUUGGCUAUGUGAGUCUUUUCUCAUGUGUUUAUCCACUGGCAGCUGUCUUUGCAGUGUUAAACAAUAUCACAGAGAUCUACUCUGAUGCCUUAAAGAUGUGCAGAGUUUACAAGCGUCCAUUUGCAGAACCCACAGCAAAUAUUGGUGUUUGGCAGUUGGCUUUUGAAACUAUGAGUGUAAUAUCAGUUGUAACUAAUUGUAUGCUGAUUGGAAUGUCUCCACAAGUGGAUGCACUUUUCCCAGACUCAAAAAUGGACCUUGUUCUGACUGUGGCAUUCAUAGAGCACUUGCUACUAGCAAUAAAGUUUAUCAUGGCGUUUGUAAUUCCGGAUAAACCAAGAGAUAUCCAGAUGAAACUCGCGAAAUUGGAAUUUGAAUCUUUAGAGGCUCUCAAACAACAGCAAAUGAAGCUGGCGGCUGAGUCACUGAAGGAGUAAACACGGAGGAAUGAGGAUGACUAAAGGAGUCACAUGUGAGGGGCACUGCUCGAGCGUGUGUUUGUGGUGGUGUGUGGCUCUCAGUGCACGCUCCACCAUCUACUGAGUAGGUGGCACCUGCUUAUGUGAAACUUGGUAAAUAAUCUGACACUGUAAAAAAUUAUAUUUUCUCCCGCUCUCUUUGUUUCUCACAUGUAAUUGUUUGCAAAGUCAACACCAAAUAAAGCACUCCAGCUUAUGCCAGGUCUGGUUGAAAUCUGCCAGACUCACUGUGCUUUGAGUGAUUGAAAACAGAUCCUGUGAGGAAGCAUCCAGAAGCUAACUAGAGUUUUCAGCUGCAGCUUUCUAAAGGAAAAAAAAGGUAGAGUAUUAUUUAAUUCACAGUGUAUUGUCCCUUUGGGGUUAUUGCCCCUUUUGUCCCUUUAUUGCAAUAGCUGAUCAAUCCUGUAUUACUCCAAAGACUUGCUUAUUAGCCACUGUUUGCCCAUAGCAAAUUAAUUUAAAUAUUUUAUACAUCACAUAGGGAACAACCAUGUACUAAGAUCUGAGAAAUAUUGAACAUAAAUAUCAUAGAGUAUGCAUUAUAUACUCCUGUGUGCUGGCUCUCUAAAUAAGCCUCAGUUAAAAUCUUUUCAAAAGCUAGGUAAAAAGCAUUCAGUAAUAGUCAGGUUGCUGAUCAGUGAUUUAAGUGUAUUUAUUUUUUAAUUUACAUUGGAUUUUGGUAUCACUUCCCUGGAUCUUGAACUGCAGUAUUGUGUGAAUGGACCUUCUGAUUAAGUGAACCGACGGUAACAGAUCAAUUAAACUUCAUAGUUGAUAUACCA